AUGCAAUCAAAUCAAAAAUUGGGAUCAGUUCUGUAUUAUAGAUCGGAUAUUGCAAUUAACGAGAUGGAUAAAGAUCGCACAGAAUCUAAUACCACCAAUGUAAAAAAGCGACAAAAACGGUCCCUUACCCAGUUUUCUCAGCCGGAAUUAUCACCGCAGUUGAACUCGGAUAUUAAAGUAUUAUUUGAUGAGCUCAAAUGCCAGCAAGAACAAAAAUUUGAAUCACUGAACAGUGCCAUUAGUGUCGUAAUAAAUCAAAACCAAGAAAUAAAAACAUCCGUGGAAUUUAUGUCAAAUCAAUACGACGAAUUAUUUAAAAAAAUAGCAUACCUUGAGCAUGAAAAUGUGAGUUACAAAAAAAAGGUGGAAAGUUUAGAGGCGAAGAUCGAGAUGCUCGAAAAAAACGCGCAUAACUCAACAGUUGAGAUUCGUAAUAUUCCGCUGCAAGAAAAAGAAGAUCGACUUACGACUACCCGGAUAGUUAAGGACAUAGGCGAAGCUAUCGGUUUGCCGUCUCCCAUUCAAGACUCAGAAAUACGAGAUAUCUAUCGGACAAAAGCGGAAACUAUUGUUGUGGACUUCUCCACCAUCCAAAGGAAAGAAGCACUAAUUACAAAAUUAAAAAACUUGAAUAAAUCUAAGCGAAAUAAUAAAGAACCCGUGCUAAAUACGCAAAGUAUUAACAUUCCUGGUCCUACAAAAUAAUUUAUAUAUCAGACUACUUAACGCAUAAAGGAAAACGCCUAUUUUACCUUGCUCGGGAGGAAGUGAAGUGUAAGAAACUGUUUGCGGCUUGGGCUUCUUUUGGGAAGAUAUACAUCAAGUUUGCAGAAGAUGGAAAACCGAUUCGUUUUGAGAAUGAGGCGGACUUAAGUAUUGCAAAAAAAUGACUAAUAAUAUGUACAAAAACCUUGUGCCUGUGGAUAAACAAUGAUAGUUUUUAUUUUUUUGUCUUUAAACUUUACUAUAAUAUAAAUUUGAAUGUAAUAUUACUUCAUUAUACUUUUAAUUUAAAAAUUAAUUAUUUUUGUAACUGCAGACUGAUAAUAACCAUAACCUCAUUACAUUUUUUUCCUAUACAAUGUAUAAAGUUAUACAUUA